AUGGUCCUCUUUGUAGCAGCAUCUCCUCAGUUUGUGGUGCCACUAGUGGAGUUAAAGACUUUUUCGAAAAAUAUUCAUGAAAAACUGCAUUAUUAUGAAAAACAGAGCCCGGUGCCCAUACUCCAUGGUGCAGCAGCAUUGGCAGAUGAUCUCGCUGAGGAGCUGCAGAGCAAGCCCCUGAGCAGCGAGAUCAGAGAACUGCUGAAACUUCUCUCAAAACCCAACCUCAAGGCUUUGCUCCAUGUACAUGAUACUGUUGCUCAGAAGAACUACGAUCCUGUCUUGCCUCCUAUGCCUGAUGAUAUUGAUGAGGAAGAAGAUUCAGUUAAGAUAAUCAGACUUGUCAAAAACAGGGAGCCAUUGGGUGCUACUAUUAAAAGGGAUGAACAUACUGGUGCAAUUGUGGUGGCCAGAAUAAUGCGUGGAGGAGCUGCAGAUAGAAGUGGUCUUAUUCAUGUUGGUGAUGAACUAAGAGAAGUCAAUGGGAUUCCAGUAGAUGAUAAAAAACCUGAAGAAAUAAUACACAUUUUGGCUCAGUCUCAAGGAGCGAUUACAUUUAAAAUUAUACCUAGUGUGAAAGAAGAAAUGCCAGUGAAGGAAGGCAAGAUGUUUAUCAGAGCCCUAUUUGACUAUGAUCCUAAUGAGGAUAAAGCAAUUCCUUGUAAAGAAGCUGGCCUUGCUUUCAGAAAAGGAGAUGUCCUUCAGAUCAUGAGCCAGGAUGAUGCAACCUGGUGGCAGGCCAAACAUGAAGGUGAUGCCAAUCCCAGAGCAGGCUUGAUCCCUUCAAAGCAUUUCCAAGAGAGGAGAUUUGCAUUAAGAAGACCAGAAGUGCAGAUUCAGCCACUGAAAAUUUCCAACAGAAAAUCAUCUGGUUUUAGAAGAAGCUUUCGUCUUAGCAGAAAAGAUAAAAAAACAAACAAAUCUAUGUAUGAGUGCAAGAAGAGUGAUCAAUAUGAUACAGCAGAUAUCCCAACAUAUGAAGAAGUUGCAAAAUAUAGACGACAGCCUAAUGACAAAUACAGGCUUGUCAUUUUGGUUGGUCCUGUGGGGGUUGGACUGAAUGAACUCAAACGGAAAUUGCUGAUCAGUGACACACAGCAUUACGGGGUAACAGUGCCACACACUACCCGACCAAGGAGAAGCCAAGAAAGUGAUGGUGUCGAAUACAUUUUCAUUUCCAAGCACUUGUUUGAGACAGACGUACAGAAUAACAAGUUUAUCGAGUAUGGCGAGUAUAAGAACAACUACUAUGGUACAAGUUUAGAUUCUGUUCGGUCUGUUCUAGCUAAGAACAAAGUUUGUUUGCUGGAUGUGCAGCCCCAUACAGUGAAACACUUACGGACAUAUGAAUUUAAACCAUUUGUUAUAUUUAUAAAGCCUCCAUCACUUGACCGUUUGAGAGAGACCAGAAAAAAUGCCAAGAUUAUUUCAAGUAAAGAUGAUAGAGGAACUGCAAAACCCUUUACAGAAGAAGAUUUUCAAGAAAUGAUAAAAUCUGCCCAUGUGAUGGAAAGCCAGUAUGGGCACCUUUUCGAUAAGGUGAUAGUCAACGAUGACCUCGCUACAGCUUACCGUGAGCUUAAAACAACAUUUGACAGGCUGGAGACCGAGACCUUCUGGGUUCCUGUCAGCUGGCUCCAUUCAUAA